ACUAUUUCCUUUGUUUCUUUCUAGGAAAUACCAAAAUAAAGCAGAUGUUGUGUCCUGUACUGUUAUCUCAAGGUUUUGCAAGUCAUUCUGUUACGUGCUUCUUGGCAGCAGGAAUGUAAACUAAUUCUUUCAGCACUGAACUAGAACCUUGACAAGGUUAAAAUUACAGGUUCAAUAUUGCAUAAACAUGGGUGCAUUUUUGGAUAAACCAAAAACUGAAAAACACAAUGCUCAUGGUGCAGGGAAUGGCUUGCGUUACGGCCUCAGCAGUAUGCAGGGAUGGAGAGUGGAAAUGGAAGAUGCUCACACAGCUGUUGUGGGUAUUCCCCAUGGCUUAGAGGACUGGUCCUUUUUUGCUGUCUAUGAUGGUCACGCGGGAUCUCGUGUUGCAAAUUACUGCUCCACGCACUUAUUAGAACACAUCACUAACAAUGAAGACUUUAGGGCGACAGAAAAACCUGGAUCUGCUCUUGAACCUUCAGUGGAAAAUGUCAAGAGUGGAAUCAGAACUGGCUUUUUGAAAAUUGAUGAGUAUAUGCGCAAUUUCGCAGACCUCAGAAAUGGCAUGGACAGAAGUGGCUCAACAGCAGUGGGAGUUAUGAUUUCACCUGAGCAUGUAUACUUUAUCAACUGUGGUGAUUCACGUGCUGUUCUCUAUAGGAAUGGACAAGUGUGUUUUUCAACACAGGAUCACAAACCUUGCAACCCGAGGGAGAAAGAGAGAAUCCAGAAUGCAGGAGGCAGUGUAAUGAUUCAGCGUGUUAACGGUUCGUUGGCGGUUUCUCGAGCUCUGGGGGACUAUGACUACAAAUGUGUUGACGGUAAAGGCCCCACAGAACAACUUGUGUCUCCAGAGCCUGAGGUGUGUGAAAUUUUAAGGGCAGAAGAAGAUGAGUUUAUCAUCCUGGCUUGUGAUGGCAUCUGGGAUGUAAUGAGCAAUGAAGAGCUCUGUGAAUAUGUAAAGUCUAGACUUGAAGUAUCAGAUGACCUGGAAACAGUGUGCAAUUGGGUAGUGGACACUUGUUUACAUAAGGGGAGUCGUGAUAACAUGAGUAUUGUAUUAGUUUGUUUUUCAAAUGCUCCUAAGGUCUCAGAGGAGGCAAUGAAAAAAGAUGCUGAGUUGGAUAAGUACUUGGAAUCACGGGUUGAAGAAAUUAUGGAAAAAGCAGGUGAAGAAGGAAUGCCUGAUCUUGCUCAUGUUAUUCGUAUUUUAACUGCAGAGAAUAUCCCUAAUUUGCCACCAGGAGGUGGUUUAGCUGGCAAGCGUAAUAUUAUUGAAAAUGUGUAUACUAGGCUGAAUCCACACAGAGACAAUGAGGGGGGUUCUGGAGAUCUAGAAGAUCCGUGGUAGCCUUACAAAUCUGCUAAAAUGCUUUUGAUUCUGAAAGGGGGAAAAAAACUUUUAAAUCUGAUUUCUUCAAUACAAGGGAAAAUUUCUGGUGGAUUUCCAACAUUUUGUGAAAUGGGCAGAAAGAUAAUAGAAUUUUCCAUCAUUUGUUCAUUUUUGUGUUCUCUGAUAUUGCCACUCUUAGCAUUGCCUGUACUACAGUAUUUUUACCAGCCUCAGGCAUACUGAUUACAUCUGUAAUGAACUUUGGCCCUAAAAAAGAAGGAAGGAAGGAAGGAAGGAAGGAAGGAAGGAAGGAAGGAAGGAAGGAAUAUUCUCUCAGCAGAUUGGUGUGUGUACCUGAGGUGCACGGGAUUGUAGGCCUACUCUGAAGAUACACUGUGGCUAAAUGAAACAUGCAACACACAAGCUUGAGAGAGAGUACAAGUAAUUGUUUGAGACAUUUCUUAUUUCACUUUACCAAGUUGGAAGGCUUUGCAGCUCUGUGGCUUGGAAGUAAUUUCAAUUGGGCAAUACGCUAUCAGAUGUGUAUUUUUUUGGUUUUUUUGGUUUUUUUUAAAAUUUUCCAGUUUUACCUGUAUUACCAGACCGUUAGGUCUCCCUGCGGUGUCCAAAUUGUGAUACAUUGCCUACUGCUUGCUUGAAGAUAAGUGUAUUAUUUGGCAAUAAUAUAUGAAGAUUCUAGGCAUCUAAAACCAGUAAGAAUUUUACGCAUGUGUACAACACACCCUUCAACUCUUGCUAGAGAAAAUCUUUUUGAAAAAAAACAAACUGGUGAAUUUAUAGUUAGUAGUGACUUGCUUUGACAUCUCUCACAGCUGCAGGUUUUUUUAAAAAUGCUGAAAAUUUGCCUUUAUUAUAAUGUAAAUUGUGAUUAUUUUUUUGUUCUAUAUGUGGUUUUCUAUAGUUUUUUGAUUUUUUUUCAGCUUAAGAUACAGACAGAAGUCUUGUGUAAUAUGGGUAUAAUUUUUAAUUGUUUGCAUUAUUUUCAAAGUUCAAAUUAUCACUUUGAGAUUACUAUAAAUACACUUAAAAUUAUCUAUUUUAAAUUAAGAAAAUAUUAGAGAUAUUUUCAUGGGUUCAAUGACCUUUCAUUUUAUAAGCAAUGGGCAUGGUACAGAGUGGCUGUCAUGUAAGGUACUUGAAGAUUCUUAGUUUAAUUCUAUUUUUGCAAUAACCUUGACUUUUUUUCUGACUUCUUUGAGUUGUGCAUGUAAUGAGUCCAGUAAAUGCUGAAAAUGGGGAAGAGUAAAGUAUUUAUCUAAAAUAAAAGCUAUUGGGGAGGGGAAACAAUGAAUGUAUCCAUCUGUACAUGAUUUACAUGCUGUGGAUGCCUUGUAAACAUUUUCCUAUUUGUUUAAACUGUGUUUCAGCGAGGAUGUAAUUGCCCUUGUGUGUAGUUUUAAGCUAAUGACAGUCAUCAACUGGUUUUGUGUGAAAUUAAAUUCAUGGUAUUUUUCUGUAACUUUAUCCCCAUGGUGAGUCUGUAAAAACCACACGCUCUUUCAUACUGAUGCCGAAGGCCAGCUUUUCCAGUCAUUUUGAUUCACUGUGUAUCUGAUUUAUUAUUUUUUUUUUUUUGGUCUAGAGAGGAUUAUUGCCACAGUAUAUUUUAUUUAUUCAUUAGAUUUUAGCCUUGUAAGUUAAAGUGUUUUAAAUGAUGAUGUUAACAGGUAUUUGUCCCUUUUACUGGUUUUUUUGGGGUUGUUAAAAGGUAGGGAAUGAAGAAUGCAAAAUGGUUUAUUGUUCAGACUGUCCGCUCUGGUCCAACCCUGUACUGAUAGUACCUUCCCAGUAUGAUAUUGUGAUGUUUCAUACAAUACAGUGAACAUAACCAACUUGUUAUCUUCAAUAAAGGAUUGCUAAAACAGUG